CGGGGAGAAUGAGAGAAACUGGGGGGAAAGUUUGCAAGCAGGCUGCAAGAGCAGGUCGAUAAGGGUGGAUUUGCUCGGUGAGCGUGCCAGAAGAAAACAGGAGAGAUGGAGGGAUGGAGGGAGAAAAUUUAUGUCUAUGCGGCUAGACGACCCAGAAACUAGAGAGGCUCAGGCUCAUAAAAAUGCACUCUGCCCCCCCUACUUUUACCCCUGAUCUGUUUCUUUUCCCCAACCGCUGUUUCUGCCUUUACUCCCCUCCAUCACUCUCCUUCUUCCCUCUCUCGCUGAGGCAGGCGGGUGGAGGUCGUCUGAUGUUUUGGGUGGUUGUGUGUCGUUGCCAGAGGUCACGGCAGCCAUAUUUUCUUAAUGGCGGAGUCACCGAAGUCAACAAGGCUGGGUGGCCUUCUGAAGUCAUGUAAAACUAGACUUUUGUGGCUACAUGACUAAACUGGGGGCAGCAGCACUUUCUGGAGGUGGACGUUUUUCACCUUGCAGCUGAUGGAUUACCAUUUGAAAAGCGUCAACAGCUGGAAAUGUCAUAUUUAUGUCUGCAACAACAACAUCAUGCUGGGAGGAUCUACAGAGGACAGCAAGUCUGACAUGUUCACUUUAGAACUUCAUGAGAUUACAGGCAAAUCUGUUUCUAAUGCAAUGCAAAGGGAACACAGACACACAUUCUCACACAGCUCUACACACCCUCACAAGGACUUCUCUGCUUGUUCUUUCCUGUUUUCUAGCCCUCGGCAUCGCCUGCAGUGAGGCCCAACUUAAAAAAGAAGAACCUUGACACUGACCCUCCUGCACGCAAGCAAACAAGCCUCGGUGGGUGCAGAGGAGCGAGUGCUUGAGCCUUGACAGGGAGUGACAAAUAACUGCAGCAGUCCUGACAUGCAGAAUGGUCCCUCAGUGAACCUGCCUGACUGAUACUCAGCUCCGUGGUGCAGAAAAGCAGUCGGCUCUUUACAGAAGGAGGCAGAUACGGGAACCUGAAUUUACCUGGAAGUUAUGGGCAAGAAGCCACUUCUUCACUGACCCCAGAGACAGAGAGGAAGGGAGCACAGCUCGCUGGACUAGCCGAGCAGCGCAUCAUCAUCUCCGGGGUUGGACUGGCUGUCGAGGCGCAUGGAGAAGAGGUAUGAAGAGCUGGUGCACUACUCAGGGUCGGAGGGCAUGUCGGUGGGGGGGUACGGGGACGACAUCAGGGCGCUUCCUCCCCCACAGUACGGACCCACCGUCCCUGACUCCCUCAAACACCACAAAGACCAGAUCUAUGGUCACCCACUGUUUCCACUGCUGGCCUUAGUGUUUGAGAAGUGUGAGUUGGCCACCUGCUCCCCCCGAGACUCCACCUCCCUCUCAGCCACCUCCCACCUCCCCGGCAUGACCAACCACAGCGACGUCUGCUCCUCCGAGUCCUUCAACGACGACAUCGCCGCAUUCGCGAAGCAGAUUCGUUCCGAGAAACCCAUAUUUUCUUCCAAUCCUGAGCUGGACAACUUGAUGAUCCAGGCCAUACAGGUUCUUCGCUUUCAUUUACUGGAGUUAGAGAAGGUGCAUGACCUGUGUGACAACUUCUGCCAUCGCUACAUCACCUGUCUGAAGGGCAAAAUGCCCACAGACCUGGUCCUGGAUGACCGGGAGGGCGGCUCCAAGUCUGACAUGGAGGACUUCACUGGAUCCUGCACCAGUCUGUCAGAGCAGAACGUGUCAUGGUUACGGGAGCCAGAUGAAUGUGCUACUACUCCUCUGGGAACACCAGGCACCUGUGGCCUGCCUUCACACAGCACAGCAGACAACUGCAGUGAUGCAGGUGAUGGUCUUGAUGGAGGGAUGGCGUCUCCCAGCACAGGAGAAGAAGACGAGACCGACAGAGACAGAAGGAACAACAAGAAGAGAGGGAUCUUCCCCAAAGUGGCCACUAAUAUCAUGAGAGCGUGGCUCUUCCAGCACCUGUCGCACCCAUACCCGUCUGAGGAGCAGAAGAAGCAGCUGUCACAGGACACGGGACUGACCAUCCUACAGGUCAACAACUGGUUCAUCAACGCCAGGAGGAGAAUAGUCCAGCCGAUGAUUGACCAGUCAAAUCGCUCAGGUCAGGGGGGUCCCUACAGCCCAGAGGGAGCAGCUCUCGGGGGCUACGGGCUCGACGGACAGGCCCACCUCGGCCUUCGAACAGCAGGUCUCCAGGGAAUGUCCUCUCUGCAGGGCGACUACCCCGGCGCUCUGCUGUCCCAACCAGGCUACCCGCCCCACCCCGGACCGUCCCUCCACUCGUACCCGGGCCCUCACCCUCACCCCGCCAUGCUGCUGCACCCGCCACCACACGCACACCCCGCAGAGCCGCUCCUCGCCCAAGGACUGGACAUACAUGCACACUAGCCGCGGCGGGGAGACGGCGUGUGUGUUUGUGUGUGUGUGUGUGUGUGCGUGAGGGGGAAAUUACUGUAUGAAUGUGUGUCUUUGGUGGGAGGAUGUGUAUGCAUGUGCGUAUGUGCGUGUGUGUGUGCGUGUGUGUGUAUGUGUAACGACGCAUAUAGUACACUAUUUAAAGAAAAAAGACACAUUGCUCUGAAAGUUUACAUUCCCCACUGAAAGACACUGACCUCAAUGUAGCUGUUCCACUCAUUUACACACACACACACACACACACACACACACAUACCCACACAGACACACACACAUACCCACACAGACACACACACAGACAUAAACAUGACACACUCUUCAGUCUGGACCCACAGGUUUAAGCCAUACCUCUUUCAGAGUAGAAGUGCUUCCUCCUCUCCAAACGUCUCCACUGUGUCCUGUGGGUGAGACACAUGCUUUAAACUACACUUCCCAUCAUGCCUGCUGAACCACAGGAAGACGCCGGAUCGGACCGCAGAUCCAGAUGAGCAUUCAUCCACAGCACACGGACAUUACUGGAGUCGAUCCUGUGAACACGCCUUCUUCACUAGUCCCUGUCUUCCUGCACACGCUGACUGUCAAAGACUCACACACACACACACCGUCACACACACACUUUAUUUAAAGCUUUUUUUGAGUUUUUUCUUAUUCUAUUUUUAUAUUUAUGUGUGCCACUCCAGGCGGAUGCAGCUUCACGUGAGCUUGUUGAAAUGUUAGUGCUCUUCCUCAGCAUGAAGCUAAAACACUAUGAAUGACUUCCAGUCUGCCUCGCUCUCGUACCACUGACCUCCUUAAGACGCCAACAGGUGUCCGUUACCUUAGGAUCCUUCCUGCACACACGCAAACACACACACAUAGCAACGAACACGACACUGAAAGCCAUUUCUACACACACAUACAGACAUACAGACACACACACACACACACACACAAAGUUCUGUAAGCAUUUCUAGUACAUUGUUGUCUGUCACGGCGGUGUGUGAGAGGAGCUGCAGCCAAAGGACUCUUUAAACAUUCGGCUCCUUCUCCGCUCUGCUCGGACUGCUGACGUAUUUCUGAAUGAUGUUGAUGAUGAUGAUGAUGGGAAAUACAGUUAAAGUAUUAAAAUGUUUUUUUUGUA